CGGGCGCGCGGCGGGAUGGGCGCGCUGGGCCGGGCCCUGCUGUGGCUGCAGCUGUGCGCGCUGGCCCGGGCCGCCUACAAGCUCUGGGUCCCCACCACGGACUUCGAGGCCGCCGCCAACUGGAGCCAGAACCGGACGCCGUGCGCGGGCGCCGUGGUCCAGUUCCCCGCGGACAAGGCGGUGUCGGUGGUGGUGCGGGCCAGCCACGGCUUCUCGGACAUGCUCCUGCCGCGGGACGGGGAGUUCGUCCUGGCCUCGGGAGCCGGCUUCGGGGCCGCGGACGCCGGCAGGGACCCGGACUGCGGCGCAGGCGCCCCCGCGCUCUUCCUCGACCCCGACCGCUUCUCGUGGCACGACCCGCGCCUGUGGCGCUCCGGGGACGCGGCGCGCGGCCUCUUCUCCGUGGACGCCGAGCGCGUGCCCUGCCGCCACGACGACGUCGUCUUCCCGCCCGACGCCUCCUUCCGAGUGGGGCUCGGGCCCGGCGCCCGCCCCGCGCGCGUCCGCAGCGUCCAGGUUCUGGGCCAGACGUUCACGCGCGACGAGGACCUGGCUGCCUUCCUGGCGUCCCGCGCCGGCCGCCUGCGCUUCCACGGGCCGGGCGCUCUGCGCGUGGGCCCCGGGGCCUGCGCCGACCCGUCGGGCUGCGUCUGCGGCGACGCGGAGGUGCAGCCCUGGAUCUGCGCGGCCCUGCUCCAGCCCCUGGGCGGUCGCUGCCCGCCGGCCGCCUGCCCCGACGCCCUCCGGCCCGAGGGGCAGUGCUGCGACCUCUGCGGAGCCAUCGUGUCGCUGACCCACGGCCCCACCUUUGACAUCGAGCGGUACCGGGCGCGGCUGCUGCGAGCCUUCCUGCCCCAGUACCCGGGGCUGCAGGCGGCCGUGUCCAAGGUGCGGCGGCGGCCGGGGCCGCACACGGAGGUUCAGGUGGUGCUGGCGGAGACCGGGCCCCAGCCGGGCGGCGCGGGGCGGCUGGCCCGGGCCCUCCUGGCGGACGUCGCGGAGCACGGCGAAGCCCUCGGGGUCCUGUCGGCGACAGCCCGGGAGUCGGGCGCGCCCGUCGGGGACGGCUCGGCGGCGGGGCCGCUCGGCUCGGGUUCGCGCGCGGGGCUGGCGGGCGGCGUGGCGGCCGGGCUGCUGCUGCUGCUGCUGGCGCUGGCGGCGGGCCUGCUGCUGCUGCGCCGCGCUCCGAGGCUCAGGUGGACUAAGCGCGAGCGAUUGGUCGCCACGCCCGUCGAGGCGCCCCUGGGCUUCUCCAACCCGGUGUUCGACGUGGCGGGCUCCGUGGGGCCGGUUCCACGCACCCCGCAGGCUCCCCCAGCGCAGCAGGCGGGAAGCAGCAGCACCAGCCGCAGCUACUUCGUUAACCCGCUGUUCGCCGAGGCCGAGGCCUGAGCAACCGCGGGGCUGGCCAGCCCCUACCUGCGCCCGCCGCCGCCCCCGCGAGAUGGCCCCGGCCUUGCGAGGUCCCCGCCCCCUGCCACGCACGCCUUGUCCCCCCAGCCCAAGGAUAGGGUGGCUUUGCCCAAUAAAGCGUUUCCUGC